GCCCUCCUCCUAACCGCACAUCCGGACGACGAGUCCAUGUUCUUCGCUCCUACGCUGCUUUCGCUCAUCACAGCCGGAUGGGAAGUGUGGAUCUUGUGUUUGAGUGUGGGGGAUGCGCAGGGGCUGGGAGAGGUGCGCAGAGCUGAGAUAGGAGAUGCAGCGGAGGAGUUGGGAAUAGGGCGAGGGAGAGUAAACGUGCUGCAUGACACUCGUUUGCCAGACUCGAUGUCCGUCUCCUGGUCCUCCGAUGUCAUCCUAGAGCACCUGAACGCCUUCCUCCACGAGCACGACAACGUCACCCUCCUGCUGACGUUCGACACACUCGGCGUAUCGGGACACGUCAACCACGCAUCCCUUCCUCUCGCACUGCACUCCGCCCUCCCACCAGCAUAUACGCUACUCUCCUCCCCCCUGUGGAACAAAUACACCUCCCUUAUCUCCUACUUCCUCCCCCUCCACCCCACCCCUUCCGCCCGGUACUCGCUCUUCCCCUCCGAGUACGUGAAGGCCCUGCGGGUAAUGAGGAAGCACAAGUCGCAGAUGGUGUGGUUCAGAUGGUUAUGGAUUACUUUCUCAAGAUACAUGUGGGUGAACGAGUUCCUUCCCCUUUCUCCC